UCCGCGCCGGCCUCCGCGCGUGAUCCUCCCGGUACCGGCUCUCCUGUCCGCGCCGGCCUCCGCGCGUGAUCCUCCCGGUACCGGCUCUCCUGUCCGCGCCGGCCGCCGCGCGUGAUCCUCCCGGUACCGGCUCUCCUGUCCGCGCCGGCCGCCGCGCGUGAUCCUCCCGGUACCGACUCUCCGCGCCCAGCAUGUAUCGCAAGGAAAAGAGCAUCCAGAUGAAGAGCAGCGCCUCCGCUCUCUACAACAACCUGAGCGUCCUGCCCAUCAGCGAUAAGAACCUCACCUACUUCACCGCGGUCCACGGAAACACCGUCAACAUGGUGAGCGCCUCCGCCGACGGCUUAAACUUCUCCCACCGGCAGCUGCAGUCCAAGGAGGGAAGUGCGGCUGUCAGCGCGUCCCUCAUUACUCAGGCUUCAUGGUGCGUGUUACCCUCCCGGGUGCUGCUGGUCCUCACCUCGCAGAAAGGGAUUCAGAUGUACGAGUCUGACGGCUCCAUCAUGGUGUACUGGCACUCCCUCGACGCCCUGGAUACCCCACAGGCUCAGGCAGUUUUUGCCCGUGGUAUUGCCCCAGCCAAGGGACAGCAUAUCUGCGUGGGGACCUCGGCCGGUCUGGUUCUGGUGUUUGACGUUCCGGCUAAAGGCACCAACAUCACCCUGGCGGAGGUCCUGGCGGAGCACCGAGACCCCAUCACUGACAUCGCCUGUGAGACCUGCAACGACAAGGCCGGCGGGGCUGAUCUGGUGACGGCUGAUGACUCCGGGGUUCUCUGCGUCUGGAAGGUGGACGAGGAUUUCCGUCUCCUCACCAAGUUAUCUGCGUACGGGGUCACAUGUUCGUCGGUGAAGCUGUGGGCGGGAAUCAUCGCUGCAGCCUAUGGCAACGGGCAGAUCCGGCUGUACGACGCGGUCACGGGGGCGCUGAACGCAGAGGUGGCCGCGCACGCCCGCUGGAUCCACGCGCUCGACAUAGCACCGCAUUCAGGAAGGCUGCUGUCUGGGGCCGAGGACUCCUUUGUGCAGAUCUGGCAGCUCAGCCGGUCAGCGGAUUCGGGAGCCGUUGAGGUUGAGCACUGUCACUCGGAGUGUGUGACUGACACUCAGAUUUGUGGGGGGAGAUUCUGUGACCCCCAGGGCACAUCCUUCUCGGUGACCGGGUAUGACCUGAGCGAAAUCAUCCGCUACGUCCAGAUCUGACAGAGAGGGCGCUGUGUGCCCCCCACCAGGGCCCGGCGGGGCAUCAGGCACCGGACCUGCCCAUGGGGGAACCUCCCACAUAACCCACGGGGGUAAUUAAUGUGAAAGCGAGACUCCUGAGCUUCCACGGGUUAUCCAGGAGCCGUUUGGGAAGAACAAUGUUUAGUGUAAAGCGUCACCCUGUAGAGUGUAAGCUCCUGGGACCAGCCCCCCCACACAGUCAGACGUGUCGAAUUGUAGAAAUAAAGC